AGUGAAUUAAUUAAGUUAAUCCUCUGGGGACCGAGAAUGUCUGAACAAAAUUUCAUGUCAAUCCAUCCGUCCUUCCUUUGGUCCAGGUCCAGUCCAUCUGGACUGAAGCAGUGGACCGACAGACAUUAGCAUCCAUAGAGCAGCACUGCUAGUGUGUCUAAAGAGACAAUAAAAGAAGAGACAGUCAUGUUGAUAUGAACAUGAGAGAAACACAUCAUGGAGCUGAAAUAUGAUCCUGGCUCAUAAUUUGGACUCAUUCACCUCAGCUGACACAUUCAGCAGCAGACAGGUUUUUGUAUCAGUCUGUUUCACUGUGGGAGGAUACUACUACGACAUCUUUGGCUCUGGAACUAAACUGUAUGUAACAGAUAAGCAGGUGGUGAAGCCUGUGGUGAGCGUGUACCCAGCAGUAUCCAGAGCCCACCUGGCGGGGAAGAGCUCCCUGCUGUGUCUGGCCUCAGCCAUGUUUCCUCCUCUGGUCCAGUUCUCCUGGAAAAGACGAAAGGAGAAUGGUCCUCUGGAGGAUCUGCCCCCUGCUGAGGGAGAGCAGCUGGAGCUCAGAGAGUCGGGAUGCACCGCCGCCAUCAGAGUGAUUGAUCAGGACGCUCUCCACACAUAUAAAUACCGCUGCUACGUCCAGCACGAGGGGGGCACAGUGGAGGCCCAAACAGAACAAGUGAUUUCUGCACCACCAGUACCUCUACCUACACCUCUACAAGCACCCCCACCAUCACUUCCACGAACCCCUCCACCAGCACCUCUACCAACAUCUCCACCAGCACCUCAACCAGCACCUCCACCAUCACUUCCACGAACCCCUCCACCAGCUCCUCUACCAACACCUCCACCAUCACUUCCACAAACCCCUCCACCAGCACCUCCACCAACACUUCCACGAACCCCUCCACCAGCACCUCUACCAGCACCUCCACCAUCACUUACACCAAUACCUCCACCGUCACCUCCACCAGCACCUCCACCAGCAGCUUCUGUCCAGUCUCAGUGCAGGUUGAAGCUGCUCUGUUUGCUGUACACAGUGCUGAUAGUGAAGAGUCUGGUGUACUGCUGUGGACUCUCUCUGCUGAUGAUCCUCAGAAACAAGGGACCGUCCACUGACCGCACACAUGCUGACUGACCAUCAAAUCUCAUCAAUUCAUCUCAUUUAUCACUUUGAUCAGCUGUCAGAAAUGUCAAUUAUGACGUGUUGUAUAAUAAUAGAAAAUAAAGCAGAAUUUAUUUAAUUUAAUAUUUUAUUGUUUAUAGUAUUUUUCUGUUCUUGUGUUUCUUUUUAAUACAUUAUGCAGAGUGUGGCAGGUUUGUCAAGUCUUUCUGUGUAACAUUCUCAAUAAACUGAAAAAUCACAGUCUGUGUUUCAUAAAUAUCCUUGUUUUAUGGAUUUCAGUUUCAUAGUAAAUAAUCAGAAACAGAAUCAACUUCAUUGGCCGUGUAUGUUGACACCUACAAGUAAUGUGACUCUGGUUGUAAGUAGCUCUCAAUAUACUGUCACACAGCGCCAAGAACAAAUGUACAGGAAGAUAUGAAUAUAAGCAUAUAGCUAAACAAGGACAACAAAGAUAAGCAAACACAAACAUACAGCUAUUAUAUACAAGUCAGUAGGUGUGGGUGUGCCACCAGGUUCACUGCUGACCCCCUUUAAUAAUUGUGUCAGUGUGGAUGUAAAACUCUACGCUGAUGACACAGUUGUUUCCACACAUGAACAAACAGCAGAGCGAGCUGCUGUGGAGCUACAACUGCUAUAAAAUGAUCACACAGUGGCUUCAUCAGUCAGGCUGACGUCUGAAUGUUGGCAACAUGAUGGGUGUGUUUAUUUUUGUUUUAUUUUAACCAAUAAAAUGUCACUUGACUCUUACAGCUUUAUCAAGAUGAAAUAGACUGGUAUAGUUACUGAUCAUAUGUAAAAUAUGAUUUACAUUUAUGUAACACAUUUCAAGACAGAAUCACAAAAUGCCUCACAAAGAAAUACAAAUGUUAUAUUUUUUAUUUUCAAAACAUUAUAUAUGACAAAUUCUGAUUCAAAACAUGUUAAAAAUGAAGGAAAUGAACAGAUAAAUUAGAACAAUUAGAACUUGUCUUUGUAUUGAAGUUGUAUUAAAAUGUAUGCACG